AUGCAUUUCUGUAGAGACUUUUUGAUUAAAACUAAUCCUUCAAAAUUAUUAGAAUUAUUCAAAAAAUAAGCUAAAAAUUCUAAAGAACUUAAUUUUGAUUAGUUUGUAUAAUUAUUAAACAGACUUGCAACAGAAGAUUCUAUUGAUUCUGCAUAAUAUUAAAUCAAUUUAGGAUUGGAUAACUGGAAAAUUUGUUAAUCUAAAAUGAAAACAUUGUAAAGACCAUUUUAAAUGACAGAUUAAACUGAACGAAUUAAAGAUAUCAAAUAUCAAUUUAAAAUAUUUCAUCCAGAAGUCAAAAAUGAUGAAUAAAUCAAAUAAAUUUUAUUAUAAAGAAAACAAUAAAAUGAAUAAAUCAAACUUAUAGAAAGAAACAAAAAAAUACUCUAUAAAUUGUAAUUUGAAUUAAAACAUUAUACCAAAUCUUAACUCCUUGAAAAAUAUCCUAAAUUUGCUGAACUUAUUGAAAAAUUACCUGAUCCAACUUAACAAAAAACUUUUUAAUUUAAUUAAAAAGAUCAGGAAUCAAGUUUUAAUGCAUCCCAACAAAUAUAAUCUGCAAUUACAUGGGAAAGUUUAAAUCAAUUACCAUUAGCAACUGAUUUUCUUAAGGAUUUAAUGGAAGAAUAGGAAGAGGAUGAUUUUUAUUUAUAAGAAUAUUAAGAGAAGAAGUAUCCAUUAGCUUUGAAAAAGAACAAAAUUAUUAAAUAUAAUGGAAAUCAAGAUGUAUAAACUUAUUUAAAUGAGAGAUAAAAAAGAUCUGUUUCUGAACACUAAAAAAUUAUUAAAAAUUAUAGAUAUUUAGAAUAAAAUUCCAUCGAGAAUUUAAAUAAUUUGGAAAUUUAGAGUAAAUUCAUCAAACUUAAAACUAUGAAUAAUCCAGAAUAAAAUAAUUAUGAAAAUUUCAUAUCCUUAAGAUAACUUAAUUCAAAUUUAUUCAAAUAAAAGAAUUUAAAAUAAGAAAAGUAACAAUUUCAAUAAUAGAAUUGCUCACUUGAAUUACCAAGAUAAAAUAAAUCCAAAGAUUAUUAUCAUGAUAUGCCUCCCUUUAAAGAGAAGAUUACUCAUAAUAAAUUGAACAUCUCUAUGUUGAAGAGAGUUUAAUAGCUUUCUGGAUUAGAGGCAAUUAAAGAAUAAAAUUUAUUAAAUCAAAUAAUUUCAUAGUAGAGAGAAAAAUAAAAAAUUGCAUAGAAAUGA